UUGCUAGGAGACGUGCAGCGCCGGAAGGGGCGGGGCGCCUGUCUCCCCUGACAGCGCCGCGCGUCCUCUCCGCGCAUGCGCAGCGCCGGUCCGCCGUCUUCCCACAAGCCUCUGCGCAAAGAUGGCGGCGCUGAGGAGCGUCGCGCCGUGGCGGGGGGGCUGGCUGCCCGCCCUGCAGCUCGUCCGCCGCGGCUCCAAGGCCGUGACCCGGCACUGGAAGGCCAUGCACUUCCAGCGCCAGAAGCUCAUGGCCGUCACCGAGUACCUGGCCCCGCGGCCGGCCGUCCCGCCGCGCUGCCUGGGCCCCAGGAGGGAAGCUCCCCAGGAGGGUCCCAUCCGGGGGGGCAGCAGCCGUUGUCCCUCCCCGUCGGCCCCAUCGCUGCUCCCUCCCCGCAGGACAACGGUUACGCGCAGCUCCUGCGGCGGCAGGUGGAGGAGGUGUUCCGGGACAAUCGGAUGAUCGCCAUCUGCCAGUACAACUCCAUGCCCGACGAGGACCUGGUGCUGAUGAGGCACUACCUCCGAAAGCACAACAUUGAGGUCAAGUUUGUCCUGAACGAGAUUGUCAGACCCGUGCUGUCCCAGUCCAAGUACAAGAAUCUCCUCCCUCUCUUCGUGGCGCGUAACAUCCUGCUGGUGAGCCCCGAGGCGAAGGUGAGGGAGAUGCUGCGGGUGCUGAAGGGAGUUCCGCAGGUCAACCUCCUCGGCGCCUGCAUCGACGACACCAUCCUGAGCAGGCAGGGUGUGGAGAAUUUCGCUAAGCUGCCCCCGCUGGAAGCCGCUCAGGGCGAGAUGGUGGGUGCGCUGGAGCUCCUGCCCUCCCAAACCUCCUCCCUGCUCCAGCGCGGCUCCGCACACCUCACGGCUCUCCUGGACCAGCACAUCCACCGCCUGCAGACCGGGGAGACGGGGAGCACGGCCGAGCCCUCGCCCGCCCAGAGCUCGGGGGCUCAUUGACGCUGGACCCCCAUCCUUGGGGUUGGCCGGGAGUCAGUUCUGUCACUGGCUGCGCUCAGGGGGGGUCAGGGAUCGGAUAUCUGGCACCGCGUUGGACUGAGGGUCCUGCAGCGUCACUGUUUGGGACGCUUCCCUUUCCUCCCCGCACCGAUGGCACUGGGAGUGUCCCAGCUGCGUUCUGGGUGCUGUGGGGUUGCAGGUGGAGGUCGUGGGGAGGGGGCAGAGCGGACGGGGAUCCACGGUGGUGCUGUCGGGGGGGACACCAGACGCUGUGAGCCCCCAAUGCCCUCUGGAAUGGGGGCAGUGCGGGGGAGCCCGGCAGCGUCACCGAGCUGCAUCCGCAGGAUCAUUGUCUUGUCCAUUAAAGAUGGUGGAGAUACCA